AUGGCGCCGAGUAGACGGGAUUUACAGCUAACUCCGAUAACCGGAGAUGGAUCUUCGGCGGCGGAGAUCGGUGCGAUGGAAGAAGUUCGUCUUCUAGAUUCGUAUGAUGAUGAUGAAGAGAACGCCGAUGUUUUGAGUAAGAUCGAGGAAGGAGGUGGAAGCGGUUUAAGGAAGAUUCAGGUUGGAGUAACCGGUAUGACUUGUGCUGCUUGUUCGAAUUCCGUCGAAGGUGCUUUGAUGACCGUUAAUGGCGUCUUUAAAGCAUCUGUUGCUUUGUUACAGAACAGAGCCGAUGUCGUCUUCGACCCCAAUUUAGUCAAGGAAGAGGAUAUUAAAGAAGCAAUAGAGGAUGCUGGAUUUGAGGCAGAGAUUUUGGCAGAGCCUGUUACUACUACUGGGACAAAAACACAGGCUACUUUGGUUGGACAGUUUACAAUUGGAGGCAUGACAUGUGCAGCUUGUGUUAACUCAGUUGAAGGUAUUCUAAGAGAUCUUCCGGGUGUGAAAAGAGCAGUGGUAGCCUUGGCUACAUCAUUAGGAGAAGUUGAAUAUGAUCCAAAUGUAAUCAACAAAGACGAUAUUGUUACUGCAAUCGAAGAUGCUGGGUUCGAAGGUGCGCUUGUGCAGAGUAAUCAGCAGGACAAACUUCUUUUGAGGGUUGAUGGCGUCUUAAACGAGCUUGACGCUCAGGUUCUAGAAGGUAUAAUUACUAGAUUGAAUGGGGUUAGACAGUUUCGUCUUGACAGGAUAUCAGGAGAGCUUGAGGUGGUGUUUGAUCCGGAAGUUGUAAGUUCAAGAACUUUGGUUGAUGGGAUUGAAGGAGAAGGAUAUGGGAAGUUCAAGUUGCGUGUCAUGAGCCCUUAUGAAAGGUUGACUUCAAAAGAUACUGGAGAGGCCUCAAAUAUGUUUCGGCGCUUUAUCUCCAGUCUUUCUCUCAGUAUUCCUCUCUUCUUCAUCCAAGUAAUCUGCCCCCACAUUGCUGUUUUUGAUACCGUACUGAUAUGGAGAUGUGGACCCUUUAUGAUUGGUGAUUGGUUGAAAUGGGCCUUGGUAAGUGUUAUUCAGUUUGUUAUUGGCAAGCGCUUCUAUGUUGCCGCAUGGAGAGCUCUUCGAAAUGGUUCAACUAACAUGGAUGUGCUGGUCGCUUUGGGCACGUCUGCGUCUUACUUUUAUUCUGUUGCGGCUCUUUUAUAUGGAGCAGUCACUGGCUUUUGGUCUCCAACUUACUUUGAUGCAAGCGCCAUGCUAAUCACGUUUGUCUUGCUGGGAAAAUAUUUGGAAUCUCUUGCAAAGGGGAAGACCUCAGAUGCUAUGAAGAAACUAGUACAACUUACUCCAGCAACAGCGAUUUUACUAAUUGAAGGCAAAGGAGGAAAGUUUGUAGGGGAAAGAGAGAUAGAUGCAUUACUGAUUCAGCCUGGUGAUUCAUUAAAAGUUCUUCCUGGUGGAAAGAUCCCUGCAGAUGGUGUAGUGGUCUGGGGUUCAAGUUAUGUCAAUGAAAGUAUGGUCACUGGUGAAUCAGUUCCUGUAUCAAAAGAGGUUGAUUCUCCAGUAAUAGGAGGUACUAUUAAUAUGCAUGGUGUUCUCCACAUGAAAGCUACAAAAGUGGGAUCUGAUGCAGUUCUGAGCCAGAUUAUUAGUUUGGUCGAGACGGCCCAGAUGUCCAAAGCUCCUAUUCAGAAGUUUGCGGAUUAUGUUGCAAGUAUUUUUGUUCCGGUAGUGAUUACUUUGGCAUUGUUCACUUUAGUGGGCUGGUCAAUUGGUGGAGCUGUUGGAGCUUACCCAGACGAAUGGCUGCCGAAAAACGGGACUCACUUUGUUUUCUCACUUAUGUUCUCGAUAUCCGUUGUGGUAAUUGCUUGUCCUUGUGCACUCGGCUUGGCAACACCGACUGCUGUUAUGGUGGCAACAGGAGUUGGCGCAACCAAUGGUGUAUUGAUCAAAGGAGGUGAUGCAUUGGAGAAAGCUCACAAAGUGAAGUAUGUUAUCUUUGACAAAACAGGCACCUUAACUCAAGGAAAAGCUACCGUGACAACCGCAAAAGUUUUCUCAGAGAUGGACCGUGGAGAAUUCCUCACACUUGUUGCUUCUGCUGAGGCUAGCAGUGAACACCCAUUGGCAAAAGCUAUAGUUGCCUAUGCUCGGCAUUUCCACUUCUUUGAUGAAUCCAGUGAGGACGGCCAAAAAAAUAACAAAGAGUCUCAAAACUCUGGAUGGUUACUCGAUACUUCAGAUUUCUCUGCCCUUCCUGGAAAAGGAAUUCAGUGCUUAGUCAAUGAGAAGAUGAUCCUGGUGGGAAACCGUAAACUUAUGUCAGAAAACGCCAUAACAAUCCCAGACCAUGUCGAGAAGUUUGUUGAGGAUCUUGAAGAAAGCGCAAAGACGGGAGUCAUUGUAGCCUAUAAUGGCAAAUUAGUCGGCGUGAUGGGAAUUGCGGAUCCACUUAAGCGAGAAGCAGCUGUUGUUGUGGAAGGUCUCCUUAGAAUGGGUGUUCGGCCCAUAAUGGUUACAGGUGAUAACUGGAGAACAGCAAGAGCAGUCGCCAAAGAGGUUGGUAUCGAAGAUGUGAGAGCGGAAGUAAUGCCAGCGGGGAAAGCAGAAGUUAUCCGUUCACUCCAAAAAGACGGUAGCACAGUAGCGAUGGUAGGAGACGGAAUCAAUGAUUCGCCUGCUCUAGCCGCUGCCGACGUGGGAAUGGCGAUUGGUGCAGGGACGGAUGUAGCAAUAGAAGCAGCUGAUUACGUUCUGAUGCGAAACAACUUAGAAGACGUUAUAACAGCCAUCGAUCUCUCACGGGAAACCUUAACAAGAAUCCGUUUAAAUUACAUUUUCGCCAUGGCGUACAACGUAGUGUCAAUCCCGAUAGCAGCAGGAGUGUUCUUCCCGGUACUGCGGGUGCAACUGCCGCCAUGGGCCGCGGGAGCGUGUAUGGCACUCUCAUCGGUUAGUGUUGUUUGCUCGUCUUUGCUUCUUAGAAGAUACAAGAAGCCAAGACUUACCACUAUUUUGGAAUUCACCAAGGAGUAA